AUGGAAGGUGCCUCGGAGAGCUGCCCCUCAGGUGUUCCAGCAGGAGCACGGGCAGCAGAGCAGCCUCCUGCGGGGCCCAGGCAGGCUGGCAGCACGGAGCCGUCCAGAGAGGCCCCACCUGGAGAAGGACUCUGUCAUCAGGAGGUGAUGGGAGAUGGCAACCAAGGUGUGCUCGAGCCACAGAACCCCUUCAGUGCGUCACCUGAGAAUGCAUCUCCUGUUGCCGUUACAAAGUCCUCUACAUUACCUGAAUUAAGAAGUUCAGAAAGGGAAGAAGAAACAUCUCAAAAUGCAUCGCUGUCAGAGAAUGUGACAAGUUCAACAGGGACAGGAAGCAUAAUUCAAACUGUUAUGUGGAGUAGGGCUGAAUUUCAUGAAACUACCCAGUCUGAGAAGUUGUGUCUUGACCUGGAACUUUUACCUAGUAAAGCAGCUCAACAGGAUUACCAUAUGCCAGAUGUCAUCACUGUCAGAGUACAGAUGGAUUCUGAGUCAUUCCACGACGUAGCUGUGAAAAUUGAAAGACCUACUUUUCGUAAACCAUUUCUGGGUGGAUUUAAGAACAGAGUAACAGGAGUGGAAUUUCAUAAUGCAGGGUCACAAACGGUACCCAAAAAAAGACCUGAAAAAGGAACUACAUUAUUUUGUAGAGAAACACAGACAGUUUUUGAAAGAAAUAAAUAUCAACAAACAACAAGCCCAACAUCUACACAGAUGACUAAAAGUGGCCUGUAUGUGUCUAACAAAAGUGACAAACUAAUAACUCCUGGAAAGUACCUAACAGCAGAGGAAUACCAUAAGCGUCGACUUGAAGCAGUAAUAGUAUUACAGAAAUACUUUCGUCGUUGGCAUGCUAGAAAUAUAGUACAAAACCUGAAGGAAAAAAAGAGAUUAAGGCUGGCAUGGGAAGCACAACAAGUGUUACAAAGGGAAAAAGAGAAAGAAGACAAACUGAGAAUGGAGCAGGAGAGAAAACUGAACCCUAAAACCAAAGAAGACUUCGACCUGCUUUACCACGCUUUAGAAUCAUGGAGGCAGGAGGAGACGGAACGGAUUAACAGAAUUCUUACUGGAGCUGAAAGAAAGGCAGCACUUUGUGGACUUCUAGAACAAGAGACACAGCUGAUUGCUUCCAUUGGGAGACACAAGCUAAAUGCAGAUGAGGACAAUCAACAGAAAGCAGUGCUGCACUUUCUGGAUAAGUGUGCACAACCUAAGAGAUGGAAAGCAUGUGAUGGAAAAAUCACUGAAAUGGAUACACAAUACACACUCCGUGCCAGAGAACUACUUGAAAUCUACCGCAGUGUUAGCAUGAAUGACAUCCCGAAAGACGAGAGAAGAGAUGUGCUGCUAACACUCAGAGGUACAGUGAAGGAACACAAAUGUGAAUUAACACAGGAAAUAGUGGAAUUAAUUGACAGGGAAGUUGAUCUUAUGUCAAGAGAGGUAAAAGAAUGCAACUUAGAAGGACUGAGGAAAAGAAUUUGUACACUAUUUCUUCAGUAUAUUAAAAUUCCGAAGUUUAACCCUGAAGUUGCAAGGAUACUUAAGGUUCCACCAGAUCCCUUAAAGCUUUAUAAAAACGUUCACUUCUGUCGCAGUUGCGAAAAUUACUUCCCAGCUACUGAGUUUCCUAUUCCUGCUAAUUCCCGCACCGUUGGCAGAUGUCACUUCUGUUGCAAGCUUGAUAAUGAGGCUCGGCAACGAGAAUCAUUUCUGAAGUACAGACUGAUUCUAGAAAGUCUCAGAAAGUCUGAAGCUGAUUAUAAGGACGAUGCUAGAAUUGUUUUCUUAGUUCAGCAGCAGCAUCUGCAGUACAUGAUUGAGAACAUAUGGGGCUGUCAGUCAGCUCUUAGUUCUUGCAAUGACCUCUAUGAUUUGGUUAUGGUCAGAUGGGAUAAGCAGCAAGAGUGGUCUCCAUGGAACACUAUUCUCCUCACUAAAGAUGAAGCUGAUGCACAUCUUAAGCUGCAUAACCUUCAAGAGGCUUAUGAAGCAUCAUUUAUUCAUGGAAUAAAGCAGAAGCAUAUCCGGGCAAAAAAGUACUUUGCUCAGAUCCCAGUGAUGACAUCACUUUUCCACAGGAGUGACAAGCAGGCUAAUGCAAGUUAAUUUUUAAAAGCUAUCCUUAUUCCUACUCAUAGGAAAACGUAACUCU